UGACGUAGGAGAAGAAGAAAAGGUAAAGAAAAAAGUCAUGAAUAAAGAGACAAAUAGGGGUUGAUUGUCAGGGUGCAUUUGUUACGCGAAAUACAAUGACGGAAAAAUCGAAAGCUUUUCAUUUUUUGUCAGUAAACCGAGAUGAGACCUGACAUGUAAUGAGAUGUGUAAUUUUGAGUACAUCUAAAAAAUUUGAUUAAAAAAAAAACACCGAUGAUCAGUAAUAAUAAAUGUUAAGAACCGUGAAACACAGAAAAAACCCAUAAAAAAUUAAUUACGAUCUACGAAAACCAGGAGAAACAAAACGAUCUUCUGUAACAGUGAUAUUUAUUUGAUGAAAUUAAGGUUUUGAUUUUCUAUGGAUUGUGAACGACCGAUGAGGAAUAUAUAUCUACACAUGCGACAUACGUAAAAGUGAUUUCUUCGCAAAUAUCGUUACACGUAAAAAAAAAAAAACGCAUUUAUUUGUGAUUCGGUUUUUUCAUAAAUAUAAAUUGAUUUUCAGCAAGACGAAUCAAAAGCCGUUAACAUAUAAAAUAAUAUAUCAAUUGAGUGAAGAUUUUCCAUCAGUUUGAAGCGAGUAAAAAAGAAAAAUAUUUCAAUUAAUGGAAUUGUGCGAAUUGCGGUUCCAAAAAUCUGUGUCAUUCUUGUUGAUCAAUUUUUCUGUUCCUUUCUCGAAUUACUUUCUACUGUCGCAGAUUCAUUUUCUUUCAAUUAUUUAUACAAGUGAUUCUAUGGUAUAACAGCUAGUGCGCACUGGUGUAUAAGUUAAAGCUCCUGAAACAGAAAAAUCAAAAAGCACACAACAGAUUAACAAAUUACAAAAAACGAAGCGAAUACGAAACAAUUAAUAAUUGAAGGACAAAACAGUGUGUAGAAUGAAAAUUUUGUAAUGGCGUGUAUUGUCGUUACUUGUGUCCCGCAUUGAAAAUAAGAGAGGGGAGAAAAAAAAGUCGAAACGAAAAAAUACCGAUAGACGACCGAACCUUGUAAAGCUAUCUACGACUCUAGUAUAUGAUCUGCAGAAGACUCUGCGUGGCACCCAACAGCUAACGAUCAUAAACGGGAAAGGGAAAUAAAUUGUAUUACCCAAGGAUCAAAGGAUACUACGGCAGCAUCCAGAGACCGCCUGUGAACGGGGGGGCGGGGGGAUGCGGAGGAGGGAGCCAUGCCGCCCGGGCGAGCUUGCUUUGAGCCCCCCACGAUUCUUGCGCUACCCCCGGUGGUUCCCUGUUACUCGGAAAUACUGAACCACCAGCUAUAAGGUGAGGAACUGUGGAUCGGAGGGCAUCCCCUCGGCCCCAGGAGUGGCCCAGGGGUUACCCUGGGGACCCCGUAACGAGCCCUGAACUUCAGGUGGCUCGUACAAGGCGGCAUCAGGAGCUAUGAACGCCAGCGUCAACGUCGAGAGGAACUCCUGGCGGCUACCUCCCGACGAGACCGUCCAGGUCGCCGAUCCCCGGUCAAAGUCUGCCCAGGUAAAAGAGGACCUCACUUACGGCGAGGGUGGACACAACUGGAGAAGCAUCGUGUUCUCUUUAUUGGUAAUCGGCUUCGUCAUAGCGGGCAUCGUCACCGCCAUAUACCUCCUCGGGUACGUCGACGAGCUCCUUUAUUGGAGCGGUAAGCGCCUGACCCUGGAAGAGUGUCUCCGGGGAGAUUUGACGCCGCAUCGACUUCCGCCGGCCUGGUUGUCCCACGACAAGUUCGUAUUCCAAGCAGACGACGGUUCCCUCGCUUUACUCGACACUUCGAACAACUCCGUAUCUCUACUAGUUUCAAAUCACACCCUCAGGCAGCUCAAUGUUCAAGGGUACCAAUGCAGCUCGGAUCUUCGCUAUGUGCUUUUCAAGCACAAUGUCAAACCGGUGUUUCGGCACAGUUUCACCGCACACUACACGGUCUACGACGUCACCAACGAUCACCACACACCGCUCCGACUUCACGCGUCUCCCAGAGUGCAACAGACGAGGUUGCAGUUUGCCGCCUGGUUGGGAAACACCACGUCUCUGAUAAUGAUAUCGGAGAACGACAUCUGGCUGAGGGCGGCUCCUUCGGCCGGAGAAGACACCCGGCUCACGGACACCGGAAUUCCCGGCGUCGUCUACAACGGUAUACCGGACUGGCUCUACCAAGAAGAAGUUCUACCAAGACCGGAAGUCGUAUGGCCGAGCCACGACGGUUCCCACAUCCUGUUCGCCUCGUUCAACGACACGAGGGUGUCGGCCUUCCAAUUCCCCUGGUUCGGACCGCCGGUGGGGCAAGACGGCAUCGACGCCGGUCCUCUGAUUUCCUCUACACAGGGCACCUUCCCUCCUUCGAGAUCCGUACGAUAUCCCACGCCUGGUUCACCGAACCCCGAAGUCGACCUCUGGCUGGUUGACCUUUCGAACGCCACGGGCGGUAACGCUACCAACGCGACGGCACCGAGGACCAGGCUGAAACCACCCCCGAUAUUCGACGGACAGGAUUACUACCUCAUAUCAGCCGGCUGGGUGGGCGACGACGCCACGCAAAUAUCCGUCGUAUGGAUGACGAGGUCCCAGAAUCUCUCCGUUGUCUCGGGGUGUCGAGCGCCUAACUGGGACUGCGAAGAAACGCACUCGGAGAGGGCACCGGAAGGUCAGUGGCUCGACGCCCAGCCGCAUCCGGUGUUUGCUCCGGAUGGCGACAGUUUCCUUCUACUGGCGGCCGUACAAGAAGGCGGACAGGAACAUUUCACCCACAUAAAACACGUCACGCUCGCCCAGCAGAGGAUAGCGGUCCUCUCGCACGGACGUUACGAGGUCAGCGAGAUUCUCGCGUGGGACACCCAGGCACACCUCGUCUACUACCUCGGAACGAGGGAAUUAAAACCUGGACAGAGGCAUCUCUACGUAGUCCGCGACCCCACGACGGACGACCCGAGGCGUUUGGAGCCACUUUGCGUAACGUGUGACCUGGGUGGCGUUCUUUGGAGCAGCAGAUUCUACUACACGAACUGCACCCACUUCAGCGCCUCGGUAAGCCCUCUUUCCGAGAGUGGAGGGCAGGGGUUCUACGUUUUGCAUUGCGAAGGGCCUGGACUUCCGUUGGCCGGCGUACAUUCUGUAACGACACACAAAAUGGUUCGCGUGUUGUACGACACGAGGCUUCAAAGGGCCGACAAACUUUCACAACUCGCUCUACCGACCCGGAGGAGUUUUGAGAUUCCGCUUCCUCAGGGUUGGAGAGCUCAAGUUCAGCUUCUUCUGCCACCUUCGUGGCGCGAGGAAUUGAGAGACGCCGCAUUUCCAGUACUAGUCGAAGUAAACGGUCGUCCCGGAAGCGAAGCGGUCACAGACAAAUUCCGAAUAGACUGGGGCACUUACAUGUCGAGUCACAACGACGUCGUCUACGUUAGACUGGACGUUCGGGGUGCCAGGGGUCAAGGGAAACGGGCUCUCUUCCGAAGAAUCGGAGGCGUCGAGGUCCAAGACCAGCUGACCGUUCUUAGGCACCUUCUGGACACCCUAAAAUAUCUCGACGAAACGAGGGUAGGCGUAUGGGGCUGGGGAUACGGUGGAUACGUGACCGCCAUGGUCCUCGGGAGCCAACAAAAUGUCUUCAAAUGCGGAGUCGCCGUGAGCCCUAUAGCGGACUGGCUCUACUACAAUUCGGCAUUCACGGAGCGUGUUCUCGGUGCUCCUUCGGAAAAUUACAAGGGCUACGUGGAGGCCGAUUUAACGCAGAGAGCGCGACUGGUACCUAGCCAUAGAUUAUAUCUUCUCCACGGUCUCGCCGAUCUCACAGCACCCUACACACACGGGGUGGCGUUUGCCAAGGCCUUGUCGGACGCAGGCGUGAUCUUCAGGUAUCAGAGCUACGCCGACGAAGAUCACUCUCUGACGGGUGUCAUCGAGCACGCCUACCGUUCGAUGGAGGACUUCCUCUCCGAGUGCCUCGCCCUGGAUCCCUCCUAGUGCCUGAACCGGCUCACCUUGCUUUGACGACCUGUCUAAUUAAUACCGGUCGCGUAUGAUUCCAGGCCUAUUAGAAAAGAAACGGAAACAACAAGCGAAAGGAAAUUUAUUAAAUAAUUGAAUUUAAACAAUCUAUAAAUCAAAAAUAAUAAAAUCACGCUACUACGUA